AUGGCCUCGGCCGCGCCCGCUUGCGCCGAUCCAAGCGUGCCUGCGGCGGACGGUACCUGCUACUUCUUCCGGCUGCCGCGCGAGUUGAGAGAUCAGGUCUAUGAUUACGCGCUGUAUGCGCCAGACGGCCUCUUCUACCAAUACCGCCCGUUCGACACCGUUUUCCCGUUCUUCGCAUCAGAGGAGGAUACGAGAGAUUCCAUCCAACCGGAAAUCAAUCAACUCAAAUACGUCUGCCGCCAGCUCCACGCUGAAACCAAGGGUCUUGUGCUCAAAGUGAACGAGGCCGUCAACUUCACCCGCUUCUCAAUUGCACACCCUAGCACAGUCGAGCAAUUCCAGCGCCUCUGGGAGUCGUGCGGGACCAAUACCCGGAGCUGUAUCCGCGCCAUAUACCUGCCAGCAGAGGAUGGUGCAGUUGGGCAAGAUGCCAAUGCUGCCCUGCCGCGGCCACGCUCGAACGUAUUCCCCAUAAUCGAUCUCUGCCGCGCCCAUCCAGACGUCCAGGUCAACGUGCGUCUGAACCGUGUUCCUGUGCCCCGCGAGUCUGGCCUCCAUCCAGGCUUUAUGCUCCUCAACGAUGCGCGGGAUCUUCUCGAAAUUUUCCGAGGAAAAGACAUCAAUGGGUGGGUGCCAUAUGUGCAGAUGGACGCUGAAGGAAGAUCCGCUAUGCGCUACUAUAGGCGAGAGAGGUGGAGGAGCGGCAGAAGAGCGGAGGAGCUCCGUGUAUCGAAUCUAAGGUUCUGGCCUGAGCAGCGAGAGUUCGAUGAAGAGGAGUUCGUGGAAGUGGCCAAGAUGUUCGGAAUGUUCGACAAUGGGCCGGUAAGGUGGCCGACGUCUGAAGAGGUGAGCAAGAUGGCAGACUUGCUUCGGGAGUGGCAUGAGCAUGGCUUCUAG